GUUAUCAAAACACCCCGUGUGCCCAGGACCCUGCAUUCACUAUAUCUGGUCUCCCCGAACCCUGCAUUCACUAUAUCUGGUCUCCCCGGACAUUCACCUGCAUUCACUAUAUCGGUCUCCCAGGACCCUGCAUUCACUAUAUCCAGUCUCCCAGGGCCUUGCAUUCAAUAUAUCUGGUCUCCCUCCCUUGUCUCCCCCUGCAUUCACUAUAUCCAAUCUCCCCAGACCCUGCAUUCACUAUAUUUGAUCUCCCCAGACCCUGCAUUCACUAUAUCUGAUCUCCCCAGACCCUGCAUUCACUAUAUCCGGUUUCCCCGGACCCUGCAUUCACUAUAGCCACUCUCCCCGGACCCUGCAUUCACUAUAUCUGGUCUCCCCGGACCCUGCACUCAGUAUAUCCAGUCUCCCAGGACCCUGCAUUCACUAUAUCCGGUCUCCCCGGACCCUGCAUUCACUUUAUCUGGUCUCCC